CAAGCAAGCGACAAAGACAAACCUUAGGAGUAGCAGCAGGGGCAGCACGCCCCUCGCGAAGUGCGAAGGGGGUGUAGUAUAGUGAGUAGACAAAAAGCAAGCCCGCCGUUGAUCCACUUUGGCGAUGAUCGCUGGCCAGGUCCGGCUAAUCCCUUCCCACACGCUGCGAGCGUCUUGGCAGUGGCCGUCGUCCCCGCGCCGACGGUGAAGCCGGCGACACAAUAUCAGGAAUGAAGCAUAGAUCCCAUCCGCGGACCGGUCUCCCGUAUGUCGCAUGGCUCUCUCGCAACCCCGAAAAUUGAUUUUCAUUUGGCUCCGCGGGCCAUCCACGCAUCAGGCCCCGGCUGCGUGAUCUGCAGAGGCGCCGAGGCCUAAAUGGGAUCACACAAGUUGCCCGUCGCUGCUGUAUAGCGGGGGCAAGGGGGCGGCCUAACGGUCUUUGGCGUACCACUUCUCCGGUGCUGUUCGGUGCGUAUAUAAAGGCGCGAUGGUCGUGGUGGCAAGGCCUCGUACGCUGUCCGCUGCUGAGCACGACAGCGCACCCAGAAACGUUGUGUCGUACCCGCUCUGUGGUCACGUCUUCAUAACGCUGUGGGUGUAGGAUACGAAGACAGUCGCAGGUCGACGGAAGCACGGAGGUCUGUGCAGACAGGGCGCGUGAAAGGGCAGAAGCUCGAAGGGUAACCACUGCUGUAUCACUGACUGCGUCAACCAGUUCUAACGGCAGAGAUGCGGCUUACGAUAGUCUGGGCAUCCUGCGUCCAGCUGCUACUGGCCUAUGUCAUCUUCGCUGCAGCCGGUCACGAGUCCUUCUACGACGAAGACUCGUGGUCCCUGGCAGGUGGUCGUUGGGGUGAGCUGCAGAAGCGGCAAGGCCUCAUACCCUUCCCUAGGGUCGGAAGGUCGGCAGCGGCCCACGAGCUCAAUCCGGAUGAUCUGAUCACGCUGGACACGGACUCCGCAACGUCUGGUAACUGGGCCUUCCUCCUGUUGCCCUACAAGCGUCGCAGCAACACCUUCACGCCUCGCAUUGGCCGUAAGCGCAGGUCGGUUGGCCGGCCCGAUGACGGCGUGCACAAGGAGGACAGUGGAUCAUCGCGUUCCCAUCAGGCGGCCUGGGCCGACCUCGACUGGUCCUACUCACCCUACUCCCGGCAGCUGGUACCCGUUAUCCGCAAUGGAAGGGGAACAUUCGUGCCCAGGCUAGGCAAGAGGAGGUCCAUAGGCUCCGGUUACGGCGAGGAAGUCGACUCUGGCUGGGACACCAGCCUCGAGGUGGCCUCGUUCAUGGACGACCCCAAGCGCGGCUCUUUCACGCCGCGCAUCGGGCGAGGCGCCUUCACUCCCAGGAUUGGCAGGACACCGUUCACACCGCGCAUAGGCCGCUCCACGGGUAGCCAGGACAAGAACUCGGACGCCGUGGGCGACGACAAGCCAACGCUUCGUUCGUCGUCCUCAUCAUCCGGUGUUCAGGGCAACGCCGUUUGAACGGCGAACCUCGAAGCACGCCUGUUCUCUUGCUUCCGCCCUGCAAUGGCACGUCCACGAAGAGGAGCUCCGUCUCUAAAACGGCUCCGACAUACGCUAGCCAUGCUGUUGGCGUGAACCAAAGUAAAAAUCGAAGGAAGGAAAA